ACCGGCAAAUAUCCUGGUAACCUCAAAUGGCCACCUUAAACUGUCAGACUUCGGUCUGAGCGAAGUUGUCGCCUUUACCGUGACUGGCGCAUGUGGAACUUUUUCGUAUAUGGCUCCUGAGAUGAUAAUAGGAGAGCCAUAUACUUAUUCCGUAGACUGGUGGUCCUUUGGAGUGACUCUAUUCCAGAUGCUGAUCGGUCAGCUACCAUUUUAUGAUGACCAAGAGAGAAAUAUGUUUGAAAACAUCGUGUAUACGACCCCUGACAUCCCCGAUUGGCUGGGAACUGAGGCCAGAGAUUGUCUUUUAAAGCUUCUCCGAAAAUGCCCAGCUGUUAGGCUUGGUGUUUACAAUUACCAUUUGCAUCCGUUCUUCAGCGGAAAAGAACCCUUAGCAAUUACAUGUGCUUCAUCGGCGCCAAAUGCAACAGCAGAGAAUGAGAUUAACCCUAUGUCUGGAUUUUCCUUUCUACUGUCAGACGAAGAAAAUGUCUUCAUGGCGGAUGACACCUCUUCAGAUUGAUUAUAAAUGGUUUCGGAUUUCCCAAACCUUUGUCAAAGUAGAUGUGCAGUUAUCAAAAUAUUCAACUGCAGCUAAAUAAAAUAUAUUUUGAAUGGA